CGGAGGGAGUGAGCCGUGCCGUGCGGCCUACCGAGUGCGCCUCGGCGGUGACGCGGGCGAGCCAUGGGGAAGGCUGGAAGGGCCGCGGCGCGCGGGAAGGCCCUGGGGGCCCCGGCUGGAGGCCGCGCGAGGCCCAGCCCCAACCCGUUCGAAGUGAAGGUCAACCGGCAGAAGUUCCCGGUCCUGGGCAGGAAGGCGCGCCACGCCGUGGGGCUGCCUGGGGUGUCGCGUGCGCGGGCCAUCCAGAAGCGAACCCAGACGUUACUCAAAGAAUACAAGGAAAGGGAUAAGUCCAACGUGUUCACAGAUAAGCGUUUGGGGGAACACAGUAGCGACAUGAGCCCGGAGGAGAAGAUGACCAAGAGGUUUGCCCUGGAACAGCAGCGACAACAUGAAAAAAAAAGCAUCUACAACCUCAAUGAAGAUGAAGAAUUAACUCAUUACGGCCAGUCUUUGGCAGACAUCGAAAAACAUAACGAUAUCGUCGAUAGUGACAGUGAUGCUGAGGAGCGAGGGACGCUGUCUGCCGAGCUGACCGCCACCCAUUUUGGAGGCGGGGGCGUGCUCCUUCACGAGAAGACCGCUCAGCAGCAAGGCGAGGAGGGGGGGAUCCCACGGUCACGCAGAGAGCUGAUUGAGGAGCUCAUCGCACAAUCGAAACAGGAGAAGAGGGAGAGGCAGGCGCAGCGAGAAGGUGCCCUGGAGCUCACGGAGAAGCUGGACCAGGACUGGAAAGAGAUCCAGACUCUGCUCGUACACAGAACGCCCAGAUCUGACAGCAGGGACGGGAAGGAGAAGCCCAAGCCUGACGCCUAUGACAUGAUGGUCCGUGAACUUGGCUUUGAAAUGAAGGCCCAGCCCUCUAACAGGAUGAAGACGGAAGAGGAGCUGGCAAAGGAGGAGCAGGAGCGGCUGGAGAAGCUGGAGGCUGCGAGGCUGCGGAGGAUGCUGGGAGAGGAUGAGGAGGCCGCUACUAAACCAGCACAUCAGUCAGCGGAUGACUUGAGCGAUGGCUUUGUUCUGGACAAAGAGGACAGGCGCCUGCUCUCUUACAAAGACGGGAAGGUGAGCAUCGAGGAAGAGCAAAGCAGGGAAGCCAGUGACGACAAGGGCGCAGAGGCGCAGGGUGACGACCCCAGUGAGGAGGACUCCGAGGAGAGCAGUGGCUCCGAUCGGCACUCGGACCUGGAGUCGGACGUGGAGAGCGAGGAGGAGAGCAGGCAGCCUGUGGGCGAGGACGGACAGACCCGGCGGGCUCCAGGGGAGAGGCCGCAAAGCGACGGUCGCAGAGCUCGAGAGGAUGCCAGAGCGGAGCUGCCCUACACGUUUGCAGCGCCUGAGUCCUACGAGGAACUACGGUCCUUAUUAUCGGGGAAAUCGACAGAAGAGCAGCUCUUGGUGCUGGAGAGAAUCAAGGCCUGCAACCACCCCAGCCUCGCGGUGGGAAACAAAGCAAAAUUAGAAAAACUGUUUGGCUUCCUUUUGGAGUACGUUGGAGAUUUGGCCACAAACGACCCACCAGACCUCAGAGUAAUUGAUAAAUUGGUUGUGCAGUUAUAUAAUCUUUGCCAGAUGUUUCCUGAAUCUGCAAGCAACUGCAUACAGUUUGUCCUCCGAGACGCCAUGCACGAGAUGGAAGGAGCCAUUGAGGCCAGAGGCCGGGCGGCGUUUCCGGGCCUGGACGUGCUCAUUUAUUUGAAACUUGCUGGGAUGUUGUUUCCAACCUCCGACUUCCGGCACCCGGUCGUGACGCCUGCGCUUGUGUGCAUGAGUCAGCUGCUCACCAAGUGCCCCGUGCUGUCCCUGCCGGAUGCGGUGAAGGGCCUGUUCGUGUGCUGCCUCUUCCUGGAUUACGUGUCCCUGUCCCAGAGGUUCAUCCCCGAGCUCGUUAAUUUCCUCCUCGGGAUUCUCCACAUCGCAACUCCGAACAAGCCAAGCCGAGGUUACACUCUGGUGCACCCUUUCAGAGCAUCUGGGAAGAACUCGGAGCUGCUCUUGGUUUCUGAUGAAGAGGACAUCGCCACGUGGCAGAGGAGAGGCCUCUCCCUUCACUGGGCAAGUGGACUGAAGGCCCAGACUAAGACAGAGGCCAACCACACGAGACUGUCGUGCCUAGCCGUGUGUCUGGCUCUGGUGAAGCGCUGCGUGCUCUUGUACGGCUCCCUGCCGUCCUUCCACGACAUCGUGCGGCCCCUCCGCGCCCUGCUGACGGAGUACCUGGCCGCCCGCAGUCAGCCCCCGGAGCUCCAGGAGCUGUGCCGGGACGCGCUGGCCGCCAUGGGGCAGCGGGAGCCGCGCUGCCGGCCGCUGGUCUGCGAGAAGAGCAAGCCGGUGCCGCUGAAGCUGUUCACCCCCCGGCUGGUCAAAGUCCUGGAGUUCGGGCGGAAGCAGGGAGGCACCAGGGAGGAGCAGGAGCGGCGGCGGCUGGUCCACAAGCACAGGCGGGAGUUUAAAGGCGCCGUCAGGGAGAUCCGCAGGGACAACCAGUUCCUGGCCCGCAUGCAGCUGGCCGAGACCCUGGAGCGGGAUGCGGAAAGGAAGCGCAGAGUGAAACACCUGUUCAACAGUCUGGCUACGCAGGAGGGAGAAUGGAAGGCUCUGAAGAGGAAAAAGUUCAAAAAAUAAAAUUUCGCAAGUUGGGCGGCGAUGCUGUGGACCAACCGUAAUAAAGGCGGCUGACACGUC